UAUUCAAACAAUUUAAUUACAUACUCAAUUAGGAAAGGAUACUUUAAUCAUAAGAAUCCGUUAUAUUACUCUAUCUUCACAUAUCCAUUAUAAAAAUAAAAAAAAAAAACAAAAAUAAAAUCAAAAACACAAAAAAAGCAUUAGUAUCAAAAUAAUUUAAUCAAUUACAUAUUCAAAAAUUAUUUAACCAUAAGAAUCUAGUACAUCCACUCACUUUAUAAAAAAAACAACAAACAAAAAACACUAAUAUUAAAAUAAUCUAAUCAAUUAAAUAUUCAAUUUAUCUGAUCGACUACAUUAUCUCAUAUAUUCAUUUACAAAUAGCAAAAACAGUAGAAAUCUGACAACACAAAUAAACUAAUUUAAUUAAGUCUAGCCACUAAGGGAACAAAUAACACAAUAAAAGCAACCAUCAAGUUGCAACACGUCACUAAGGCAUACUUACAUUAAAUUUAUAAUCAUCAUAAAAUACCUAAAAUAAAAUUAUAGAAACCAUCAGAAUUCAACAUAGUAUUAUUCUAUAUUACAAUAAAUCCACAACCAAUACAAUUACAAACCGAAACCAACAAAAAAUUUCAUAAUCACACACUUGACAGUAUAUAAAAAACUAAUUUAUCAAAAAAAAAAAAACCUAAAAUUACAUCUUUCAAAAAGCAGAACAUAACAACACAAAUAAAGACCAUACCUAUAUAGACCUAACAUACAGAAACAACAUACAACUGACCUACCCUAACCCCCGACCUCUGACCACCCAUAUACUCGAAAUAAUAUUACUAACAGAUGGAACAACAACAAGGAGCAUUUAGAUAAAAAUGUAUAAUCUCGAACCCAACAGCUAUUAUAUGAAUAUAUCAGAACAUAAUUCACAAAAAUUAUCAAAAUACACCCCUACUCUAAAUAUCAAUAUUCAAAUCAAUACAAACAACAUGGAACACCAAAAAGAAACGAGAACAAACUCUCUGCAGUCGAUCGAGACAAUCCAUAGAAAUUACAACGCGCAAACAUCAUGGCCGGAUACACAAGCAAUUUUUUCAAACACUGGUACAAUUCGACAAUAAUUGAAGACUAUUUAACCACACUGACAAAUGAAAAUCCAACAUCAUACUUCUUCAGUGUAGAUUUCUUUAAGAAAUAUCACACAGAAGGAUUAAAUGGAAUAUACAGAUGGAUUAAAAAACCCAUCAUGAAUAUGGACAAUCUAUUAUUUCCAGUCAACGUGGGAAAUCAUUGGAUCUUGGUUGCUGUGUUCAUUAACAGCAAAACGGUGGUGUGCUACGACGGGAAGCACAGGGACCACCAAAAUACUCUAACAACUAUCAAACAAUUUCUAACAGAUUGGGAAGUACACUCAGGCCUCCAACCGUCGGCAUGGGCUACAAUUCAUGGUGUCACACCGACACAAUUCAACAACAACGACUGUGGACCAUGGAUUUUAGCCAUAGCCAAAUGCAUAGUACUCACAAAACCAAUCUGUUUCACAGAAGAGGACAUACCACAAUUACGAAUACAGCAACACCAAGAGACAAUGGCAAACCUGAUACAAUCCACCACCCAUCCGCUCAUAACGACACCACUCAACCAAUCGUCCAACAAAAAUACACCUACAACUUCAACCAUGACCGAACAAACAAUCACCACCACAACAAUAAACACAACGCCUACCACAAUCACCACCACAACAAUAAACACAACGCCUACCACAACCACCACCACAGAUAAGCCAACCAGCGAAACCACGCACACAACCACAACCAUAAUACCAGCAUCAACGACACCACACCCAACACCCUCAACGCAACACACCACAAAGAAAAUCAAAAUCAGGCCAGAAAACUGGAUAAGUAGAAGUAAAAAGACACGUAGGCGGCGUGCGCUCUAUAGACUCUUACACCAAGAUACAAAAUCAAACUUAACACAGCAACUCAGCACAACACCACUCAGCCCAUCAUUCGACGAAAAUCCAUUUAUAACUCCAAUCAUUACCGAACAAGCAAUCACCACCACAACAAUAGACAGAACACGGGACACAACGACCUUCACAACAACAGACACCAAGCAAGAAACACCCACCACAACCACCACCACAGAUGAGCCGACUAGCCAGACCCCGCCCACAACUACAAACAUGACACCAGCAUCAACGACGCCACACCCAACACCAUCAACACAAUACGCCACAAAGAAGGACAAAAUUAGGCCAGAAAACUGGGUAAGUAGAAGUAAAAAAACACGUAUGAGGCGUGCGCGUUAUAAACUAUUACAUGGCCACUAAUAUAUUUACCAAAACACACCAAUCAAAAAAUCCCAACACAUACCAUUCAAUCAACAAUUCCUCUUAUAACGAAACCCAUAGCACACAAAAGCAAAACUCCCAAUUUCAAAAAAAUAAAUAAUUCACGACAUUAAACACACAACUCAUAAUCAUUACACACAAUUCUGAUCCAUGCCAAACCAACAUUAAGUUAUACCCUUCUCCACACAACCAACAUCACCACCAACACAAAUAUUCAUCCACAUAGCAACCCAUAUGUAAAACAUAUAUAUAUAUAUAUAACUCCACAAUACAAUCACAUAUAGCAAACACAUAAUAUGCAUACUCUUCACCCCCCACAACAUAAUAAAACAUUUUAAUCGUACAAACACAUAUAUCAUAUAAUUAAACCAUAUUAUUCAAAACUCUUUGCAUUGUAUACAGAUAAGAAUUAUAUAUUAUAUUAACCAUGAAAUUGUAAAUACACCGUGAGGGCACGGUGAAAAAGAACAUCCGUGCAAUUUGUAAUAGAUGAAUAUUAUGUUAUGAAUUUGAAUAAACUUAAAAAAGAAUGUACCAAGUAGGUUCAUAUUUGAGGGUAAAGCACAAACGCAACUAAAACACAUUACGCAAUACUAAAAAAACAUUAGGCAAUUAACAUUCCAUAACCGUUACACAAUAAUCUUUCUGAGACGUCCAUACAUCAAAAAGAUGCCCAUAUAUGGACAAAAAUAAAUAAUAAGAUAAGAAAACAUUACGCAACACCAUCACUCUAUUACGCAACCAAAAUUCCUCCGUACCAGAAGCUGCCUACAAUACUCACACCAACGCAUGCGCACAAAUACAAAAUUAAUCU